UUUUCAUUUCCGAGCAGCCAUCUUGGCUUAGUAGCAUAUCCAAGCCAUCGAGGUCGGAGCUGUCCAGCGGCGGUCGAUGGCGGAGGAGAAAUAUAAUCGGAGGAAUACGGCGGUGAAGCGGAUACUCCAGGAAGUGAAGGAGAUGCAGUCCAAUCCUUCAGAUGAUUUCAUGAGCCUACCUCUAGAGGAAAAUAUAUUCGAGUGGCAAUUUGCGAUUUUGGGGCCGCGUGAUUCGGAGUUUGAAGGAGGGAUCUACCAUGGAAGAAUUCAGCUGCCUGCGGAUUACCCGUUCAAGCCCCCUUCCUUCAUGCUACUAACUCCAAAUGGGCGUUUUGAGACCCAGACAAAGAUAUGCCUGAGCAUAUCGAACCAUCAUCCUGAGCAUUGGCAGCCUUCAUGGAGUGGUAUGUUGUUAUUGCUGGUUCUUUUUCUUUUUCUCUCAUUUUGGUUAUGUGUUUUAUAGUUGCAAAGAUAUUUG